GGGACGGGCGACGGCCUCUGUCGGCAGCUCUUGCAACACCCGGUGCGGGGCCCGCGGUUUUCUGUUUCGCUUGGAUUGUUUCGUCUCGUCUCGUCCGUCUUUUUUUGGUUCGACCACCAUGCCCCGCUUCGUUCGCAUUCCCGUCUUUGACUUUGUCCACGACGGUCCGGAAGAGGGUCCCGCUGUUCCUCCGGCCGUUCCCUCGCUGGAAGAAUUCUUCGCCGCCUACGACGUCGCCAGGUGCGUUUGGUUCCGGAGGAGGAGGACGCCUCUCGAAAGCAAAGGCGGGGAGACAGGAAAGCGGGCGGGGAAACGCCGCCGGAUGGAUCCAGCGGCAACCAUUGCGUCGUCGUCGUCGUCGCCAACAACAGCAGCAACGACAGCAGCAGCAACGGCGGAACCGAAGGAUGCGCCGGCUCGCGCCCCGCCCUGGUUCCUCGGCCCGAUCCGCGAGGCCUACGAAUCCGCGUCCCCCUUGGACAAGGCGUCCUGGAACGUCGAGAGCGGCGGCGGCGAAAGAAGAAGAAAGGCAACGGAAGUGUCGCCGUCCGACCUCUGGGGGGAGGCAAGCGGCAACGCGUACGGGUACGGGUACGCCUCCUUUGUCCUCUCGGAAGGGGCCACCGGCCCGGGCCUUUCCGAGGAGCUGGCCGGCCUCCGGGGGGGGGGGAGCCACCGGCUCCCGCACCGCCUGCUGUGGUCUAACGCUUCCCCAAGGGGUGGGGCUUUCCCCUCGGUUUGGGUGGCACCCCACUGCUGGGUCUUUUGUGCCAGGAACAAAGGCGAAAGCGAAGGGAGCCAGGCCGGAAGCGGCCCUUCGAGGGCGGUUCUGGCCGGCCGGCCCGAGCACACCGACGCGAUCUCGCACGACGGGACCGUCCACUGGCAGCUGGGGGGGACCAAGACCUGGAAGCUCCGGCCGACGCUGGAGCUGAUGGAACGCACAACGGGGAACCACCACCGAGAUCGCGGUGGGAACGGCAUAGGCAACGGCAAAGACAACGGCGACGAGAAGAACGGCGACGGGAUUGCGCUCUCGGACUCGUACACUGUGUGCCUAAAGGAAGGAGAUUUCUUGGUGGUCGACACGAGGCUGUGGUGGCAUUCCACCCUGAUUCCCCCGCAGCUUGAAAGCAGCGGGUUCUACAGCGUCAGCGUGGCAAGGGACCUGUGCCUGGUCGACUCGGGUGGCAGCAGCCCCUCCAGGGGCAGCAGCAACGACCGGACCCAAAACCAACCCUUCGCCCCCUCCCACAGCGAAGGCUGUUCCGUCUUCAACGCCGAGGCCUCCUGGGCCUCGGGAUUCCUUCCGAGCGGAAGCAUUCUUUUGGUCGACACAGUGGCAAGGGCCACCUGUGGGCUGGAGGAGCCCGGCGGCGCUUUCCCGGAAGCGUACUACGACGCGCUGCCACCGACCAUCUUGCGGACGGGGUCGGGCGAAGAGGCCAACUGCCGGCUCGUGGUCCGGUGGGCUGACGAGGAUAGCGGCGACGACGACGACGACGAGGAUCGGGGAGAACCACCGCCGCCAAGCAUGGUGGACGUCGGGCUGGAAACGAUGCGCGACAUUCGGGAGGGGGACGAGUUCGUGGUGCUGCAGCCGCCAUAACACAGCUUGGUUCGGUUCCUUUUUUGGUUCUUGCGAACGAACGAACGAUGCGUGCUUGCGCAAGCCACCAAUCGUUCCGAACCAGGGGAACAUACCAGGGGAACACCAGAGGGGAACACUCGAUAGUCCCACCAAAGCAAUGUAUUGUUUCUACAAACAAAUACAGCAACUACUA